AACGACUAUAAAUUAUAAAAGUUUUCUUGGUUCCAUGAUUUAACCUCGGAGAAUUUCCAUUCUUUAUUCGUUCGAUUACUCGUUUUCUUGGUCCUCUCUCACUUUCUCUCUCUUUUCUCUUCUCUGAUUACGGUGUCAUGAAAGUAGAGCUAUUUCUUACCAGCGCACCACCACCACCCAAACAAGAAACACGUUGAAAAUCGCGGAUUAUUCCAAUACCCAUUUCCCCAGGUCGAUUUUCGCACGUGUUCAAGCCUAUUCCAUUAAGAUGUAUUCUCGUUGCUUUGAUGACAACAGAGCAGACAAUGAAGGGAAUUCUGCUGAAGGAUUUGGAGAUCCAGAACUGGUGCCUCGUGUUGGAGACGAGUACCAGGCAAAAAUUCCUUCUUUGAUUACAGCACCUUAUCUUUCUCAGCUUGUAAAAAAGACAACAGAUUCAGAAAUAAAAGUCAACUUGGAAGAGUCUAUUUCACUAGGAUUGCCCAUUCCUCUUAAGUGGGGUCAUUGCAAAUUUGAAGGCAGUUGUGGUUGUGGGACUUUAGAAUCUGUCACAAGUGAAGCGGGACCAGUUAUUUCUGGGCAUGAAUGUCCAGAAGUUAGAGUGGAACUUCACACUGCUACACAUGGUGAAGAUAAAAAUGAUGGAGGGUUCACAAAUUUUGAAUCAUCUAAAAGUGACGAGAAGGAUCCGCCAAGAGGCAACUAUCUUCUCCCUGGAUUGUUGUAUAAUCAAUCUUGGACAGAUACUGAAUAUAACAGUUUUCUUCUUGGCCUCUAUGUAUUUGGGAAGAACCUUAAUUUUUUGAAGAGAUUUGUUGGGAGUAAAAAUAUGGGAGACAUAUUGUUUUUCUAUUAUGGAAAGUUUUUUAAGUCUAAAGAAUAUGGCCGAUGGUCAGAGUGCCGAAAGCUGAGAACUAAGAGGUGUAUAUAUGGCCAGAAAAUAUUCACAGGAUGGAGGCAACAAGAAUUGCUGUCAAGAUUAUUUUCCCACGUGCCAAGGGAGUGUCAAACUACAUUGGUCGAGAUUUCAAGGAAAUUUGGGGAGGGAAAGAUGCCUUUUGAAGAAUACGUAUUUGCUUUAAAGGAUGCAGUUGGCAUUGAUCUGCUCAUAGCUGCUGUAGGUAUUGGAAAAGGGAAACAAGAUCUCACAGGCACUGCUGUUGAGCCACCAAAGACCAAUCACGUAUUCUCUGUUCGCCAUGAAAUACCAAUCGGCAAAGCUUGCUCCUCUCUAACAUCUGCAGAUAUAAUCAAGUUUCUCACAGGAGAUUUUAGGUUGAGUAAAGCUCGAUCCAGUGAUCUCUUCUGGGAAGCUGUUUGGCCACGUCUUUUAGCUAAAGGUUGGCAUUCUGAACAACCUAAAGAUCAAGUUGUUUCUGGAUCAAAACAAUCUUUGGUUUUUCUUAUACCUGGUGUUAAGAAAUUUUCAAGAAGGAAACUGGUAAAAGGUAACCAGUACUUUGAUUCUAUAAGUGACGUAUUGAAUAAAGUAGCAUCUGACCCUGGGCUUCUCGAGACUGAAAGUCAAGCAAUUGAGGGCGGUGUAGAUAGGGAAAAACAUCAAGACAAACGAGACCUAGAGGGUGUGUCAAAUACUCAACAAUUUCAUCACCUUCAAUCCCAUAGUUCAAAGUGCAAUCAAGAUCUCACAAAAUUUACAAUUGUAGAUACCAGCAUGGUUCAUGAUAUGAAUCAACGUAAGGUGAGACAGACGAGAAGCUUACCUUUUCAACCCAUGAGUAUAUCUACCAUCUCAAGCUGUUCUAGUGAAUCUGAGCAAGAUACAUCUGAAGACUCGGAAGAUCAUGUUGAACAUGCUAAUGCUUCAAGCCCUAUCAAAGAUCAAGUUGAACGAGUUAAUUCUUCAUAUCCUAUUGAAGAUCAGGUUGAACAAGCUAAUGCUUCAAGCCCUAUUGAAGAUCAAGUUGAGCAAGCUAGUUCUUCAUAUCCUAUGGAAAAUCAGGUUGAACAAGCUAAUUCCUCCAACCCCACUGAAGAAUUCUAUGAUAAAGUGUUGAAUAUAGACUCUUUAGAUUGUACUCGUGUUCCUGAGGUCCUCAAUACCACUGAAGAAGUAAAAAAUCAUAGAUGUCAUUCUGAUCUGCAUAAUGAUGAGCAUUCAAGAGAGAUCAAUGAGCAUCCGUUGCUUCAAAAGAUGACAUCUGAUUGCACAAUUCCCUGCAUCACGGCAGUGCAGAAGUUAAGAGCUUGUAACCAUGGAGAUUUUAGCCACUGCACUGAAAGUACUUCUGGGGAUAGAAAGUUUGAUUUAAAUGAACCAGUCUCACCAUCAAGUCUGCAUCAAGCAUCUGAUGGCAUGGUUUUGUCUAUGGGUUUAGAAAAUUUGUCUUUCCCAAGUUAUCUGGCCAAAGGCAGUCCAAAUGUGAGCAAUGAAGGCAGUGUCACUGAGAACCAUCCGGUUGGAGAAGUAUCAGCAGAAAAUUCUGAAACCAGGAUGUUGAUUGACUUGAAUUUUCCUGAAGUUUCACCCGAUUUAGGACUUGAAAUGGAAAUACCAUCCUCUAUGGUCAUAUUGCAAAAUGACAACCAAUGCGCAAAUACAUCGUCUUCUCCAUCUGAGAUAACCCAGUUCAAUGCGACACAGGAGUUUCCUGAUGGUAGUAAGGAGCAGCAAUCUAUCCUUGGCAACCGUCGCCAGAGCACAAGGAACCGACCCUUGACCACAAAAGCAUUGGAAGCUCUUGAGUACAGAUUUAUCAACUCAAAGAGGAAAAGAAAGAACACAGAAUGUUCAGACAAUAAUUCAAAGUCCAAAUGUGUACGUGAAAGUAGUGAGACAAUUAUUAAUGCUACUUGUGAUAAUGGCAUUGGGAAUUCUUUGGCUGAUACAAGAGCAGAGGAGGAGAAUGUUAUCCAGGCAUAUAGCUGUAGCUUCAAUCUGAAUAGAAGCCCACUAUAAUUUGUGAAAAAGGUUGGGUAGCUUCUUCUUGAGGUCAUCAAGUUCAUCAUAUUUUUCUGGCGUUGUAAACUGCAUAUAAUUUCAUUGUUUCAAAUGUAUCCAUAAAUCAUAAAAUACACAUGAAGAUCAAAGUUAUCAGUCCAUAUUCACUUUUUUUUUUC